CUGCGAGGUAGCAGCAACAAUAUGACGACAACCCCAGUUUCUCCCGAAUCUUUUCGACAUCUGCAGCCGAGCAACACCUUUCUGGGUUCCUUGUAAUGCUUAUAAAAGCUGGUUUCAGUGGAUGGUACAAUACUUAAAGACCAAGUAGCUACAGGAUGACAACAUGGCUGCACCCCUUAUGGCACCACCAGGACCUGACAGCUUUAAAUAUUUUACCGCGGAAACAUUGGCUAACAUCGAGCUCCGGAUCAACGAGGAGAAGAACAAACCGCCGCCAAAACAGGACAGCAGUCACCGUGACGACGACGAUGACAACAAACCCAAGCCCAAUGGCGACCUGGAGGCUGGGCGGAAUCUGCCCUUCAUCUAUGGCGACAUCCCUCCUGGAAUGGUGGCAACACCACUGGAGGAUCUGGACCCUUUCUACCAGGCUCAGAAAACAUUCAUAGUGCUAAAUAGAGGGAAGACAAUCUUCCGCUUUAGUGCCAACCCUGCCUUGUACAUCAUAAAUCCUUUAAAUAUUUUCAGGCGAAUAGCUAUUAAAAUUUUGAUACAUUCUCUUUUCAGCAUGAUCAUUAUGUGUACUAUUUUGACCAACUGUAUAUUCAUGACCUUUAGUGAUCCUCCUGAGUGGUCCAAGCAAGUAGAGUACACAUUCACAGGGAUUUAUACAUUUGAAUGUCUUGUAAAAGUCGUCGCUCGAGGAUUCUGUAUAGAUGGGUUUACGUUCCUAAGGGAUCCCUGGAACUGGCUGGAUUUCAUGGUCAUUUCUAUGGCAUAUAUAACAGAGUUUGUGGACCUGGGCAAUGUCUCUGCGUUGAGAACAUUCAGAGUUCUCCGAGCAUUGAAAACUAUCUCUGUCAUACCAGGCCUGAAGACCAUUGUCGGUGCUCUAAUCCAAUCGGUGAAGAAAUUGUCAGAUGUUAUGAUCCUCACGGUCUUCUGUCUCGGUGUCUUCGCUCUGAUUGGACUACAGCUCUUCAUGGGCAACCUACGACAAAAAUGCGUGAUUUGGCCAAUCAACUCCACCGAGAACUUCUUGGCCAACGGCAGCAUAGGCUUCGACUGGGAUGAAUACAUCAAUAACGACAAAAAUUUCUACUUCCUGCCGAGACAAUUGGAUGCCCUUUUAUGUGGCAACAGUUCAGAUUCUGGCCGCUGCCCUGAAGGCUUCACAUGCAUGAAAGCUGGCAGGAAUCCAAAUUACGGUUACACCAGCUUUGACAGCUUUGGAUGGGCUUUCCUGACUCUCUUCAGACUCAUGACACAGGACUUCUGGGAGAACCUCUACAUGCUGACCCUGCGGGCAGCAGGGAAGACCUACAUGAUCUUCUUUGUGCUGGUGAUCUUCGUGGGGUCCUUCUACCUGGUCAAUCUGAUCCUGGCUGUGGUGGCCAUGGCCUAUGAGGAGCAGAACCAGGCCACCAUGGAGGAGGCUGAGCAGAAAGAGGCAGAGUUCAAAGCCAUGCUGGAGCAGAUCAAGAACCAGCAGGAGGCUGCACAGGCCAACGCCAUGGCGACGACGGCAGGCACGGUGUCGGAGGACGUAGGGGAUGAUGACGGCGGGGGGACCCUGUCCUGUAGCUCGUCAGAGAUGUCCAAGCUCAGUUCCAAGAGCGCCAAGGAGCGGCGCAACCGCAAGAAGAAGUGGCGCCAGAAAGAGCAGUCGCAGCGGGAGGAGAAGGGGGACUGCGAGAAGUUUGUCAAGUCCGAGUCGGAUGACGGCAGUAAGAAGAGCCGCUUCCGUUUCCCUGACAACCGGCUAGGCCGCAAGUCUUCCAUCAUGAACCAGUCCCUUCUCAGUAUCCCCGGCUCACCGUUUCUGUCGAGGCACAACAGCAAGAGCAGCAUCUUCAGCUUCAAGGCCGUGGGCUCGGAGAACGAGUUCGCCGACGACGAGCACAGCAUGGUGGAGGAGUGCGAGGAGAGGCUGGGCCCCCGGUUCAGCCCGUACCGGCGGUGCAGCUACACCGGCUACCACCACGGUGGUGGGAAGAGGAACUCCACGGUGGACUGCAACGGCGUGGUGUCUCUGAUCAGUCCGGGGACCGGCGGACGGCUUCUGCCUGAGGUGAAAAUAGAUAAGGCAUCUGGUGACGACAGUCCCACUACUGAGGUUGAGGUGAAGAAGAAGCUGUCUGGUUCCCUGAUGGUGUCUAUGGACCAGCUCAAUACCUCCUUCGGAAGGAAAGAGCGGACCAACAGUGUCAUGAGCGUCAUCACCAACACACUAGACUGUCAGUUGAAAGGCGAACAGAGCAAUAAAGAGGGAAAAUUGGAGCUGAAAGAACUGGAGGAGUCUCAGCGUAGUUGUCCACCGUGGUGGUAUAAGUUCUCCAACAUGGUCCUCAUCUGGGAGUGUUGUCCCAUCUGGUUGAAGAUCAAGGAGAUCGUCAACCUGAUCGUCAUGGACCCCUUCGUGGACCUGGCCAUCACCGUCUGCAUCGUCCUCAACACCCUGUUCAUGGCCAUGGAGCACUAUCCCAUGACCCCACACUUUGAGGAGGUGCUGUUCGUGGGAAACUUGGUGUUCACAGGGAUCUUUGCUGUGGAGAUGUUUGCCAAGUUGGUUGCCAUGGAUCCCUACUACUACUUCCAGGAGGGGUGGAACUGCUUCGACGGCUUCAUUGUGACCCUGUCCUUAGUGGAGCUGGCAUUGGCUGACGUGGAGGGGCUGUCUGUGCUCAGAUCAUUCCGAUUGCUGAGAGUGUUUAAACUGGCCAAGUCGUGGCCCACACUCAACAUGCUGAUCAAGAUCAUCGGUAACUCUGUGGGCGCCCUGGGAAACCUGACCCUUGUCUUAGCUCUCAUCGUCUUCAUCUUUGCCGUGGUCGGCAUGCAGCUGUUCGGCAAGAACUACAAGGACUGUGUGUGUAAGAUCGCCCUGGACUGUACGCUGCCCCGCUGGCACAUGCAUGACUUCUUCCACUCGUUCCUGAUGGUGUUCCGGGUGCUGUGUGGGGAGUGGAUCGAGACCAUGUGGGAYUGUAUGGAGGUGGCUGGCCAGGGCAUGUGUCUCAUCGUCUUCAUGAUGGUCAUGGUCAUCGGGAACUUGGUGGUGUUGAACCUUUUCCUUGCCUUGCUGCUGUCCUCGUUCAGCGCAGACAACUUAGCCGCAACAGAUGACGACGGAGAGAUGAACAACCUUCAGAUCUCCGUCAUCCGCAUCAAGAAGGGCGUCGCCUGGUUCAAGAUCAAGCUGGCAGAGUUGGUGCUCAGCUUGACCAAGAAGCCGCCGGUGGAGGAUGAACAGAAAACCUUAGACGACAUGUAUGACAAGAAGCUGAACUGUAUCGCCAACCACAGUGGUGUGGAUAUCAACCGCGACCUGGACUACACCAAGAAUGGUAACGGCACCACUAGUGGUAUAGGGAGCAGCUUCGGGAGGUACUUGAUCGACGAGGACCACAUGUCGUUCAUCCACAACCCUAACCUGACCGUGUGCGUUCCUAUCGCGGUCGGAGAGUCCGACUUUGAGAACCUCAACACCGAGGACUUCAGCAGCGAGUCGGAGAACGAGAACAGCAAAGAGCUGGAUGACACCAGCUCAUCAGAGGGCAGCACCAUAGACAUCAAGCCUGAUGUGGAGGUGGAGGCGGUGGUGGUGGAGGCUGUGGAAGAGUACCUAGACCCAGAAAACUGUUGGACACCUGACUGUAUUAUCAAGUAUCCUUGCUGCGAUGUGCCCAUCACUCAUGGGUGGGGAAAAUAUUGGUGGUUCCUGAGAAAGACAUGCUAUCUUAUUGUGGAACAUGACUGGUUCGAAACCGUCAUUAUCUUUAUGAUCCUACUCAGUAGUGGGGCCCUGAGAAUUUUCUCACUACUUCUAACAGUUUGGAACCUCUUUUGCUUCUCUGUUUGUGUGUAGGUGUCUAUAAUCAGUCUGGUAGCUAAUGCACUGGGCUACUCGGAUCUAGGUCCUAUUAAAUCACUAAGGACACUAAGGGCCUUGAGACCCCUCAGAGCCUUGUCACGUUUUGAAGGGAUGAGGGUGGUAGUCAACGCCCUAGUGGGAGCCAUCCCCUCCAUUAUGAAUGUGUUGCUGGUUUGCCUCAUCUUUUGGCUGAUUUUCAGUAUCAUGGGAGUCAACUUGUUUGCGGGCAAGUAUUACUACUGUUUCAACCAGACAGCAGAGGAGUACUUUGAGGCCAGCGAGGUCAACAACAAGACACAGUGCCUGGCCCUCAUUGAACAGAACUUCACUGAGGUCAGGUGGAAGAAUGUCAAGAUCAACUUUGACAAUGUUGGCGCCGGAUACCUGGCUCUGCUCAAGGUUAAUCGGAUCUCUUUGUCGCCAAAGGCGACAUUCAAAGGCUGGAUGGACAUCAUGUACGCAGCCAUAGACUCCAGAAGGSUGGAGGACCAGCCCAUCUAUGAAGACAACCUCUACAUGUACAUCUACUUCGUCAUCUUCAUCAUCUUCGGAUCCUUCUUCACCCUCAACCUCUUCAUCGGUGUCAUCAUUGACAACUUCAACCAACAGAAGAAAAAGUUUGGAGGUCAGGACAUCUUCAUGACAGAGGAACAGAAGAAGUACUACAACGCCAUGAAGAAACUGGGUUCAAAGAAGCCCCAGAAACCCAUUCCCAGACCACAGAACUAUAUCCAAGGGUUGGUGUUUGACUUUGUGACCCAGCAAGUGUUCGACAUCUCCAUUAUGAUGUUGAUCUGCCUCAACAUGGUCACCAUGAUGGUGGAGACAGACGACCAGUCGGAUGAGACGGAGAACAUCCUCUAUUGGGUCAACUUCAUCUUCAUCGUGGCGUUCACCAUCGAGUUCGUACUGAAACUCUUCGCCCUGCGCCACUACUACUUCACCAAUGGCUGGAACGUGUUCGACACGGUCGUAGUCGUCCUGUCCAUCGCGGGCAUGUUCCUGGCUGACAUCAUUGAGAAGUACUUCGUAUCGCCGACCCUCUUCAGGGUCAUCCGAUUGGCUCGAAUCGGCCGCAUCCUGCGUCUGAUCAAAGGGGCCAAGGGCAUAAGGACUUUACUCUUUGCCUUGAUGAUGUCACUUCCUGCCCUGUUCAACAUCGGCCUCCUGCUCUUCCUGGUGAUGUUCAUCUUCAGCAUCUUCGGAAUGUCCAACUUCGGCUACGUCAAACACGGGGCCGGGAUAGACGACAUGUAUAACUUUGAGACCUUCGGGAACAGCAUGAUCUGCUUAUUCAUGAUCACCACRUCUGCAGGCUGGGAUGGUCUCUUGCUCCCCAUCCUCAACUACCCUCCUGACUGUGACCCAACCAUGGAGAACCCAGGUGCACCGUCUACAGGCAACUGYGGCAACCCCUCAGUUGGCAUAUUUUUCUUUGUCAUGUAUAUCAUUAUUUCCUUCCUUGUCGUAGUCAAUAUGUACAUCGCCAUCAUCUUAGAGAAUUUCAGUGUAGCAACAGAAGAGAGCGCCGACCCGCUCAGUGAAGACGACUUUGAGACCUUCUAUGAAAUUUGGGAGAAAUUUGACCCCGCCGCUUCCCAGUUCAUCACCUUCSMAAAACUGGGUGACUUYGCMGACACCCURGAGCACCCUYUCCGCGUUCCCAAACCCAACACCAUCGAGCUGAUCGCCAUGGACAUGCCCAUGGUCAGCGGCGACCGCAUCCACUGCCUGGACAUCCUGUUUGCCUUCACCAAACGCGUGCUGGGCGACAGCGGCGAGCUGGACAUGCUACGCACGCAGAUGGAGGAGCGCUUCGUGCAGGCCAACCCCUCCAAGGUGUCGUACGAGCCCAUCACCACGACACUGCGCCGGCGCCAGGAGGACAUAUCCGCACGCUGCAUCCAGAAAGCCUACCGUGCUCACCUCCUCAAACGGGGCUUCAUCUGCAAGCGCAGGCCCAAGACCAAGCUGGAGAACGGAGGGACCAACAACCAGGAGAAGAAAGAGAGCACAGCCUCCACCGCAUCUCUCCCCUCCUACGACAGCGUGACCAAACCUGACAAGGAGAAACAGGAGGAGAACGAGGGAGAGAGGAAAGAGAAGGACAGAAAUCAAAAAGAUGAGCGGGAAUCUAAAUUUUAGUCAGGCUUCAGUCACUGUCAUUAUUACAAUACUACACACAGCCAGAAGGAACUCUGAGCCCAACAAACAGACAAAUGUAUAAAAAAUAUAAUUUGCAAGUUUGCAAGCAAAUUCUUUUACGAAAACUACAAUUUCAUUUUUUACAGACUUCAAUUUAACACAAAAUGAAGGAUCGAGAUUCGGCAUUGGAUAGUUAGGGUCAGUUGAAGCAAAACACAGAUGGCGGUGUACAUGUUGCCCACGAUAAGAAUUUAGUUAGGACACCAUUAUUAUCACGAAAGGAUUUUACUGCCUGAUAAUACAUUUCUUCUUUAUUUCUUGGAAAUAAUGUGAGGAAGAACCACGAUAAUAUAAAUAAUUAUCAAUAAUAACUCAAUAAUAGUGUGCCAGCCAUUGACAUUCUAUAUAUUAAUAUAUAUGUUCAGGAUCAUCGAAAAGAAGGGAGAAACCUCUGCAAACAAGAUGGAGGGAGAUUUAUUGGAGCAAAGAGUCUCUGACUGCCAGUACCCUGUGUGGACGAGCCCCUGCUGCGAAAUGUCCACCACUAUGGGAGCACCUCAGGAGAGGAACGGGUCGGAACCUAUGUUACAGAACCUUCUAGAACUGUUCUACUACGCAGUCUGACAUGGUCUCUGUAACAUCCACUUCCUGCACUGUCGUUCUUAUCAAGUUUUAAAUACGAAGAAUGAACGUUUAGAGAAAGAAAGAAAACAGAACAGCCGACAAAGUUUUUACUUUGUCAGUUUGUGCUGAAAAUACUUAUAUCUUUACAUUAUUUGAGCAGCAAAAAAAAAGAGAAAAAAUAACAUUUAGCCCAUGUCACACUAGUCUCUUUUCAUCUUCUCUCGCUUUGUUAURCUAACAUUAUGAAAAAUACAUUUUCUACAUGGGCUUUCAUACUGUCACACUGGGUAGGGGGCACAAGUCAGUGUUUAGACUUGGGCUGAAGAAGGGUGGGGACUCGCUCUGACCGACUGAGUCUCAGAUAAAUUAUUGUGCUCGUUCAAUGCAUAGAUAUGACUUGCAUGAAGGCAUGUUUUGAUCAGGAAGCAUGCAUGAUGUAAUCAUAGUCCACAAGACACUAAUUAUCUUACUACUCUAAUGGCUUGACCAUACGUUUGAGGCAGUCCACUGGAAAAAUGUUUAUGAGAAAUAUAACUGGAAAAUGAUUGAUAUAUAUAUGACACAUAUAUGUCUAUAUAUACAAUAUUGACGGAAUAAAGUGGUGUGACCUACCGUUCACUAUAAUGUUGCUUUUCAACUGCCAGACCGAUCUUUUUAUGACGUCCAUUGGGAUUUUAAGUGAGGAUGUAGUUUCACCCUCAGAGGCAAACCUCUAUUCUGGCACAUUUAAGAAAAACACAAACUAUAUCUUUUUUUUCUUUUUCUGAGAGGGACAAGCAUAGUUGCUGCUGAGUUCUAUCAGGAAUAUAUCUUCAGAAUGAGAAUGAGGAUGCAGAGAUUUAGAAGACACUUUUCAGACCAUUCUAAAGAAACCUAAUCUGGGACUUAUUAAGAGACCUUGGUUUUUGCAUCAAAUGUUUACUACCCUUACCUUUGUUGCUACGGUUACCACCCUUACCUGUGGUCUCCAACCAACUCCCUCUUGUUGUUGUUGUGGCAGUACGAACAGGCAAUGUUUGAUGCCAUAUCCUGUAUAUCCAUAUCCUGUAUAUCCAUAUCCUGUAUAUCCAUAUCCUGUAUAUCCAUAUCCUUCACAGAUCAAUGUCAGUUAAAAUUCUAAAAUUCUCCUCCAAUGCUUUGUCUGUCUGCAGACAGGGAAGAGCGAGACUUGUAUCAGUAGGACUGUAGGGGGAGGAUGAUGGGAGAUGUUGAAACAGCUGAUAUACUGAUGCUUCCAUAGAUCCUUUCUUCUGGUUUUUAUUUGAUUCACUUCUGUCCUCUGUCACUCAGUCAGUUCCCUGUUAGACUAUCGUUCACUGUGACCCAGUGGCACAUCGAUAGCCUUUUCUAGACACUUUGAGUUGCCAGCUCUGAAGUUUGUAGAUGUCCUCUGAUGCAAUGCAAUCCUUCUCAGAAGAAAGUUUGAAUUUCAAGCAGUGUGAAUGUAUGUGGCAUAGUAGUUCGUAUCCCAGAGAAAAAUCUGCCGAUUUUGCUCCUGUAAGUCUCUCUGGAUAAAACCGUCUGCUAAAUGACUAAAAUGUAAAUGUAAAAUGUAGUUCAUCUAUAAAGCAGCAUAGAGACAUAAAAGUGACAUAGAAGUCUGAGUGUACAUAGAGGGGACCAUGGAGGGUACAUAGAGCAGCAGGACAUGCUCAGCCACUCCUGGCAUGAUGUACUAAAGGACUGAAAGACGGUCGGCCAUCGAAGGCUUAAGGGUUGUACUGUGGAGAAUAGAAAUAUAUCUGAUUGGAUAGACUUAUUCAGGGAGGUGGGGGAUGGUAUAACAAAGGACCAAAGGAGAGACUUAACAGAACCUCUCCUGGACCCUCCACAGUUUCUAGCCUGACUGCCAUGAAUGAAAAUGAUCAGAGAAAGUCAAGAUGGCAUCCGGAGCAGCAGGGAAAAUAGUGCUUAUGUCUUCAGCAGGAGUGARUGCUGAAAGUCCCAUGUUUGUCAGUAUAUCAUUGCGCUUUGUGGGACCUCUUCAACACUGUGUAUAGUGUGUGGAUGUUGGACCCAGGCUUGCAUCAUCAUGUCAUGUGCUAGCAGUCUAUUAUUUGAUUGGUCACCUAGCUGUCUGUUUGAUAAAUUAAGAAUCUGCCUGGGGAUGUAAGAAGGUCAAAGUGACGUGACCCGUCCAACCGUCGUUUCUCACAGAUCUUCUCUGUCUCUGCAGAAUAAAAUUCAAUUAGACUUUUAGCAGAUAGGCCUCGUAUGAUCAACUCGUAUCAAGUCAUGAUUCAUGAUUCACAGUAGAAUCGGGCCUUUAAGAAAAUGUAAGGCAGCUUUGAAGCUACUCAAAUGAAACGAGAGCGAGCGCUAGGCUAGGCCGGGCCAAAGAGAUGAUUUAGAUCCCUGUGAGUGACAGGCAGGUGAGACAAGUCGAGACAUAACAAUAACAGUUCCUCUUAAAGGUAUUUGCAGUUUUUUUUCUACACAGGAGUGAUGUAAUGGUCGUUCAUCUAUACAAACAAACGGAUGCCUGGUCAGACAACAACAUAGUAUCUAGGGACGCACCAUUGAAGCCAUCAUGGUGUGUUGAACACUGCCUGUACCCGUACCUGAUAUCCCCAUGUUUGUCUAUUAUUACUAUCUAGAGGUCUGUUUACAAUAUGAAGACAUGUCUACAGAUAACGUCCGUCUGUUUGACUGCUGCACACUUUAAACCAAAUACAUUCCCGAUUUGAUCGAUCAAUGACGUUACAACCAUAAGAGCAAACAAUGCCAUCCAGUUUCAGCCCGUGCUCAUUUUGGAUGUCAUGUUUUAGAUGAAUGAUGUAUUGAUCAAUGAAUUUACUUGGAGAAAUAAAAUGAACAAAAAUAAGAAAUAUACAUGUAUGUGCUGUGCAGGCUAUGAUGACACAAUCACUGGAAAAKAAUGAAC